AAAUGGCCCCGUAGGGCAACAAGGAUGGUUAGUUUUGACAGUACUUAUUCGUGCCAUAAAAAAUCGAUCCUAACUCGCAGCUGUUUGGGCUUUUAUAUCCGCCGGGCCCCUUUUUUCGAACUGUGGUCACUAAAUAAAGGGUUUCUGGCCUGGGAAGGCCUAUCCAUUCCUUCAAUUGAAUGGGGAGCGGGGACAGUGUCUCCGGCGAUCUCAAGAAUAGGAGGGAACGUUGACCAGGGAACACCGCUGCGGCCGAUCAGAGGAGCAGGAACCGGAGCCCGGGCUGAGUCCGAAAAACGGGGGAUCUGGACGUUGGCUCCGGAACGGUUGGAAGUGGAAGAUGGAAGAGCCGGAGGAACCAGCGGAAGGUGGGCAGUCGUUGCCGCCGGUCUACAUCUAUAGUCCCGAGUAUGUCAGUAUGUGCGACUCCCUGGCCAAGGUUCCCAAACGGGCCAGUAUGGUACAUUCUUUGAUUGAAGCAUAUGCACUGCAUAAGCAAAUGAGGAUAGUGAAGCCCAAAGUGGCCUCCAUGGAGGAGAUGGCCACCUUCCACACUGAUGCCUAUCUGCAGCACCUCCAGAAGGUUAGCCAAGAAGGCGAUGAUGAUCAUCCAGACUCCAUAGAAUAUGGGCUAGGUUAUGACUGCCCAGCCACCGAAGGGAUAUUUGACUAUGCAGCAGCUGUAGGAGGAGCCACAAUCACAGCUGCCCAAUGCCUGAUCGACGGAAUGUGCAAAAUAGCAAUUAACUGGUCUGGAGGGUGGCAUCAUGCAAAGAAAGACGAAGCAUCUGGUUUUUGUUAUCUCAAUGAUGCUGUCCUGGGAAUAUUACGAUUGCGACGGAAAUUUGACCGUAUUCUCUAUGUGGAUUUGGAUCUGCACCAUGGAGAUGGUGUAGAAGAUGCCUUCAGUUUCACUUCCAAAGUCAUGACUGUGUCCCUGCACAAAUUCUCCCCAGGAUUUUUCCCAGGAACAGGUGAUGUAUCUGAUGUUGGCCUAGGGAAAGGACGGUACUACAGUGUAAAUGUGCCCAUUCAGGAUGGCAUACAGGAUGAGAAGUAUUACCACAUCUGUGAAAGUGUACUAAAGGAGGUAUACCAAGCCUUUAAUCCCAAAGCAGUGGUCUUACAGCUGGGAGCUGAUACAAUAGCUGGGGAUCCCAUGUGCUCCUUUAACAUGACUCCAGUGGGAAUUGGCAAGUGUCUUAAGUACAUCCUUCAGUGGCAAUUGGCAACACUCAUUUUGGGAGGAGGAGGCUAUAACCUUGCCAACACGGCUCGAUGCUGGACAUACUUGACCGGGGUCAUCCUAGGGAAAACACUAUCCUCUGAGAUCCCAGAUCAUGAGUUUUUCACAGCAUAUGGUCCUGAUUAUGUGCUGGAAAUCACGCCAAGCUGCCGGCCAGACCGCAAUGAGCCCCACCGAAUCCAACAAAUCCUCAACUACAUCAAAGGGAAUCUGAAGCAUGUGGUCUAGUUGACAAAACGAGAUCAGGUUUCCAGAGCUGAGGAGCAGUGCUGUAAUGAAGACAGCAUGUUUAUGCAAGCAGUUUGUGGAAUUUGUGGCUGCAGGGGAAAUUUGGAAAGAAUUACUUCCUGAAAAUUUCCAAGGGCCACCAAGUGGCAGCUGGCCUCCUGGGGUGAGGAAGCAGGCACCCCAGAGUCCUCAAUUAGGCCUAGGGGAAGAGGGAGAUAUCCAACAUUUAGAGUGUUUAUUUUUAAAGAACACACAAAAACCGUUUUUAAUCUUUGAAAAUUAUUUUUAAGCAAGUUGGGGAAGGGGUAUUUUUAUUUUCUUAAAGGAGACAAAUCAGAAGCUGGAGGAGAGCAUGGCACUUUGGUCAUCAAUUUGUGGUGUGGGGAGCAGCUGAGAGGCGGGGUUUGGGCCUCAGGACCAUCCAGGUGGAGCCCUGGGGGAGGGUGACUGAUCAGCAGAAUGGGAUGUGGGGAGAAAUACGCUGGUGUUGUUUUAGGAUUAUGUAUCUAUUUUGGUUUUUAAUAAAAUCUUUAAAACCUA